AUGUCAAACAAGUAAAAUAUUGAUAAGCACGAUGAUUAGCGAGUUCCAUCUCAAUAAGAUUCCCAACAACAUUAAAAGAAUUAAGAUUAAAAAACCCCUGCUCAAAUAACUAGUAAUAAUUAAAAUGGGAAAAUGUCUCAGUAGUCUAGCAAGGAUUAGCAAUAAAUGAAUAGUCGUUCAACAAUCAACAAAAAGAAAUACAUAGGGCAUUAUAUAAUUGGUGAAACUUUGGGUGAAGGAACGUUUGGUAAAGUAAAAGUAGCCACACAUAUUUUAACGGGUGAGAAGGUGGCCAUAAAGAUAUUAGAAAAAGAAAAGAUACAAGAUGUAUCCGAUGUAGAGAGAGUAUCAAGGGAAAUUCAUAUCCUAAAGUUGUUACGUCACCAAAAUAUCAUAUAGCUUUACGAAAUUAUAGAAACUGAAAAAUAGUUAUUCUUAAUUACAGAAUAUGCAAGUGGAGGAGAAUUAUUUGAUUACAUUGUAAAAAACACUAAGGUUUAAGAAAGAGAAGCUUCAGUCUUUUUCUAACAAAUAAUAUCAGGAGUUGAAUACAUCCACAAACUCAAAAUAGUUCAUAGAGAUAUGAAACCAGAGAAUUUACUCUUGAGUUACAAUAAAAGAAUUAAAAUUGUUGAUUUUGGUUUGAGUAAUACAUACAAAAAGAAUGAACUACUAAAAACAGCUUGCGGAUCCCCUUGUUAUGCAGCUCCUGAAAUGAUUGCUGGUAAAAGGUAUCUUGGAUUGGGAGUAGAUAUAUGGAGUUGUGGAGUUAUUCUAUUUGCUCUUGUUUGUGGCUAUCUACCAUUUGAAGAUCCUAAUACAUCAAAUUUAUAUAAAAAAAUAUUGGCUGGCGAUUAUCAGAUUCCAAAAUUUGUGUCUAGCGAAGGUAGAGAUUUGAUAAAAAAUAUACUUACUACUGACCCAACAAAGCGUUUCACAAUAUCUGAUAUCCGUAAACAUCCUUGGUUUAAUUAGGUGAAACCAAAUCCUAUGUGUGAGGGAAUAAUAGUUGGAUAUAAUAGAAUACCAAUAGAUUUUGAUAUUAUUUAGUAAUUAGAGAAAUUCAAUAUCGACAAAGAGUUUGCAAAAAACUGUGUUGAGGCAAAUAAACAUAAUCAUAUAACAACUUCUUAUUAUUUAUUAUUAAGAAAACAUAUUCGUAAUGGUGGUAAAUCCAUUGCUGAUAUAUCAUCUGAAAAUUUUGAUAACACCUUAUUACAACCAAAUAAACCUCCUUAAUAGAAUAAGCACGAAACAAUUUUAGAAGACGAGAGAUAGAGACAAUCAAGAAAAAAUUAAAGAACUAAAGAAACAAGAAUAAGUGUUUCUGCUACAAAAGAAUUAGAUAAUUAAUCUCAACAGUCAUCUAAUCAAUAAACAACAAUAACAUAAAAUUAUGAAAUAUAAAAUACUUCGAUGAAUAUGAAUGAUUUAAAAGGAACCUAAAAUUCUUUAAUAUUGUCUUAAAAAAAUAACUUGUAACGACCUGUUACCAACUAAGGCAUUAACAACUCCUAAUUACCAAAUAUUUUAAAUUCAAAUAUAAUUCCAUAAAAUGUUCAAAAUAGAAAAAUUGGGUCAAGGAAUGCUUAAAACUAAGGCAAAAUAUAUGAAUACCCAAAGCCUAAUAGUAACAACUACUUUUAUGAUUCAUAGAGCCCUUCACCGAUUAAACCACUCUAUAUAGCAGGAAACCAAAAUGGAAAUGACUCAAAUAAAUCAGAAGGAUAUUAAAAUGCAGUUAACACCAUUAAUAAUGGUAUUUUCAAUUCAGCAAUUCCUAACAGCUUUAAAUACCCAACUCACCCGAGUUCUAUGACAGCAUCCCCACGCUAAGCAGCUCAGGGUAGAUUCGAAUCUCGUAUGAGACAAGCUGCUAAUCCAAAUGAAAUAUAAGAACCAAGUAGACACAGUUCAGUUGGAAAUAAUACAAUUGUUAAUCAAAUAGCAGGAGCUUCGACUGGAUCUAAAUAAAGAUAAUCUAAAAAGCAAGAAGCUGUGCAACCACUUACUUCUGCUGCUUAAAAUAACUCUCUUUAAACACAAUAAACACCUACAUCACAAUUUUCAUAGAAUCAGUAAUAUCAACAAAACUUUGUGAACUGGGCAAACAGAACUCGUAUUCACAUGAGACACAUAAGUUAAGCAGGAAAGAGACCAGGAUCGAUACAAUAAGCAUACGAAAAGGAAAGAGGUAAAUCAACAGAACCUCAAAUUGAUGAUAGUGCAAACACUUCGGGAUAUAAAAUUUUGAAUGCCAGUAUUUUAGACUAAAGCUUGAAUGGAUCAUUGAACAACACUUUUGUUCUUAAUUAAACUGCUUUUAUUAAUGGUCAUAAUAUAAAUAAUGGAGGAGUAGGUAACAAAGUCCAAAAAGCAAACUUUAAUAUACUUUAAGGCAUAACAGGAUUCCGUACAACUGCAAACAGCGGAGCUCAAAAUAAUUAUUUGAAUGCCAGUCUAAAUACAAGUAUCGAUAAUAGAAAUAACUAAAUAGGAUUUAUAUAACAAAAUGGGAAUUUUAAAUAAAAUAAUUUAAAUUCAACUGCUUACCAUAACUUUAAUCUAGGAAACAAAAAUAAAUUAAACAACAUCUUAGGAGUAUAAAAUAGUAAUAGAGUUGGUACAGCAGUAAAUUAUGAUUACAACGCCACUCCAUCUAUAGCAAAUACAAAUAACAAUAUAUACAAAAAGAAUUACCCUUAAACUACAUUUAAUUCAAAUAAUGUCUCAUUAAAUAGCAGCUAGAUUUAAAGCAAUAACGACUCGCUAAACACUUCAAUAAACUUUAAUAACACCAUGUAUGGUUCAGUGAAUCCUAAAAAAAGAUAGAUUUUUUGA